AGUGAAAUUGUCAUUACGUUAAAGGGUUAAAGCGGAUGUUGUGGUUAGACCAUUAAUCGGCGACCAAUUGGGCCGUUCGAUGGGAAAUAACGCAAGGGAUUUUCCCAGCCGCUGUGCGCUCAAUAUAUAUGGGAGCGAAACAUCCUUGUAGGCAGAUUGCUCUAGCAGGCACAACUAAACUACACGGUUCAACACUGAAGUUGAGGAUUUAAGCACCUUUCUUUACGAAUAACACUUUACGAAAAGCAGAAACAUGGAAUUCAAGUCUGUUUGCAUCGAAAAGAUCCCAAGCUGUGACCACAAGGAACUACAUUUGGAGUUAACCCAGCAUCCGCACAGCUUGCGCGAUGUUGCCAACAUCAUCGUUGCCCUGCACAGAAUGAAACACAGCUACACUCCCCGCGGGACAGAGUUCAGUGACCAUGAGCUCCUGGACAUUAUGCUGGAAAACGUGUUUGAAGAGAGCGUCACGCCAGUGGCGGUGGAUACUUGGAGUAGCAAGCCCAACGUGUUCUACAACACCAAGGUUAUAGAACACAGCGUGUGUGACCAAGAUCAGAAGAGCUUGGUGCUCCACCAGAGUCCACUGGAGCUGCAUGCAGUGAUACUGCAGGCUGCCAGCAUGCAUCUCAAAGUAAACUUGAACCUGUCGACAUACAUGUCUCGCAACUUCACUGACAGCCAGAGACGACCUGUUGCUUUGAGUAUCGCAGGAAAGGACCUCUACCUGUCCUGCUCAAAGUCUGGUAGCGACCCCAUCUUGCAGCUGGAGGAGGUGAAAGACCGCGCAAUGCUGAAGAACAUUGACGCUAAUGGGGAGACGGCGCGUUUCCUCUUUCUCAAGAGCGAGCAGGGCUUGAACACCACCAGCUUAGAGUCGCUCAAAUUCCGCGGCUGGUUCGUCAGCACAGCUGUGGAGGAUAGAAGACCCGUGGAGAUGUGUAAAGAAGAUGACUCCGCCCAUUUCACCAACUUCUCCUUCACACAUCUGUGAUCUCCACAAGAUACAACCACACCACGCAUCCGCAAGCACCCAUCAAAACUGGCUAAAAAUCCCCCAACCGUCCAUUGUAUGUACCGAGUACAGCCACAACGGCACUGGGGUUUAUUUAUGUAUUUAUUUAUAUGAAUUUAUUUAUUAUGUAUUGAUACUUUUUGAGUCUGUCUCAAAACUGGUUCAGCCACCACGUGGUGCUCUCUGGUCGUUAAGAUCAGCCUAUUUGUGAAAGAUUCAUGUUCCUCGUAUCAUAUAUUAUUUAUUGAUUCCCUGAUUAUUUAUUGAUUCCCUGAUUAUUUAUUGAUUCCUUGUCUGUAAAUUAUGUAGCCUACUGUAAUUCAAGCAUUUUAUAAUGACUUUUGGAGCGAGCAGCUUUAUUGCACAUGGUGGUAAUGUGUAACUUUGUUAAUAAAUUAUUUAAUGGUUUCUAA